UGAGGAAGUAAGUAAAUGUUGCGGUCCCAGGUGUGUUUGUGUCGCGCGCACUUGGGAGACGUGCUUGGAUGUUGUCGCACAAGUUCCUCGCUUCUGAUCGAAGUGGAGUUUAACGUUACUCUUAGGCAGUGGCUUUACCCUAUUUUGCUGCUAAAGAUAGUUGAGAGGUAAUGGCUGCCUACUUAGCUCUAAAACGCAUGCUGUUUGCAUGUGUUUUUUUCCUAAACGUUUUCCAUCGUAACGCUGUAGUUGCCCAGACGGCGACCGAUGUGGCCGACGACCUAAACACCAACCUCCUAACACCAUACCUGUCCACACCCGGAGAGAAGGUGGACUUGGUGUUCGUGGUGGACCACUCGGCGUUUUCCCAGGACAAGGUCAGCAGAGGUUUCCUCUUCAUGGUCAACUUCGUCAAGGAAAUCCUGUCAGGCUUCACCGUGGACUCCGCUCACACCAGAGUUUCUCUCAUCACCUUCAACACAGAAGCGUCGGUAAGAAUCAAUGAUUUGGGCAGCAGGGACGAGACCAAAUGUACCGUCUUCAGUACGCUGGAUGAGGUCAGGGAAGAGGUGCCUCUACACCGAGGUCUGACGGCGACAACAGAUGCUCUUAGACGAGCAAAAGAGGUCCUCAUGGAGUCCCGCUCAGAUGCCAAGAAAGCUGUCAUCCUCAUCACCGACUCCUACUCCACCAUUGGCGUUCCUCCUGCGGUGGGUUCGGCGGAGAUCAGGUCGCUGAGAUGGGCGGGGUGGGACGUGGACAGCCAGGGACCGCAGCUGGAGGUUUUCACGGUGGGCGUGAAUGGUGCAGACGAGGCCGAGCUGGAGUCCGUGGCUAGCUCCAGCCCCACAAAUGUCUUCAACAUUGACAACUUCUCGACCCUGCGACAGGUGUCAAAACUCAUUCACAAAGUUCCAGAGAACUCGUCCUGGGAGGUGACAGGCAGGCAGUACUGCGGACAGUGUGACACCUCCGCAUCAUGCGCCUGCGACACCGGCCUCGGACAGUACCACUGUGUCUGUGACCCUGGUUACCAUGGAGAUGGAAUAACCUGCCAAGCCUGCCCAGUGGACACAUACAAGGACAGUGUUGGCCCUGGCACCUGUACAGCUUGUCCAGGAACAACAUCUUCUCCAAGAGGAACUACGUCUGUUGAAAGUUGUACAGAGGUCUUGUGUCCAGUUCUGCCUCCGGUGCCACAUGCCACCAGCUUUCACAUCUACAGCCCUGCUAAUGAGGCGCAGGUGAACACCUUCACCACCUGUAAGAACACACCUGGAGACUUCUGCUACUUCCAGUGUGAUGAGGGCUUCUUCACCUCAGAUCCCACCCGGCUGUACUGUGACGGAGACAGCUGGGACCACGGCACACCCACCUGUGAAGUGGUGGAAUGUGAAAGCAUCACAGAGACAGCUGGAAUGACUGUUGCAUAUGCACCAUCCAUAUACGGUGAUUACACCUAUGGAACAGUGGCCACCAUCACCUGUGAUGAAGGGUACAGGACAUACGGUUCCAUGGAGAGGACCUGUACAGCAGAUGGAACCUGGAACGGGACAGUAACUCAAUGUCAACCCACCGAGUGCCCAUCCCUGGUUCCUCCAGCCUACGGUCAGAUCUACCCAGCUACCUGCUCCAGUGAGAAGCCUGAGUACCAGACAGUGUGCACCUACAGCUGUGGUGAUGGUUUCCUGCUGGUGGGUCCAGCAAACCGGACAUGCCAGAGUAAUGACCAGUGGACCGACUCCGGUGUGGCUAUCACCUGUAACGAUACUCAGCCGCCAAGCAUAGUCUGCCCCAGUGGAAGAACCCUUUAUUCAGACGAUGGAAACAAGAAGACGUUCCACUGGAACAGCGAUGAACCUGUGAUAAGUGACAACUCAGGCUUCUACAACAGUUAUACCGUAGUGCCAGCAUACAGCAACCCAUAUGAUUUCCUGGUUGGUAUCCACACCCUAACCUACAAAGUGACAGAUGCAGCUGGAAAUGAGGCAUCCUGUGAGAGACGGCUCAUAGUGGAAGCAUCCCAGCCACCAUCCCUACAGUUUUGCCCGAAUACCACAACCAUCACAGUCACCACCACCACAGGCACCCUGGACUGGUCUGACCCUGUCUAUCUUGAUGCUGAUAACAACACGGUCACCACAGAGUGUGAUCGAAACAAGGGGGAGUCUGCCUCACUUGGCACCCACAACAUCCACUGUAAUGCCCAGGGCUACCGAGCAGUCAACCUGUGCUCUUUUCAAGUUAUUCUCAAAGCUCCAGAUUGCAACAUCCCAGCUGAUCCCCUUCAUGGGUCGUCCUCCUGCACUGCCACUUCCACCCACCAGGAGCGCUGCACUCUGUCAUGUGAUGCUGGCUACGCCUUUGCAAGCCCUGAAUCACAAUAUCUUUGUAGCUACUCAGGUGUCUGGACACCUGAACCCAACUGGCAAAAUUGUGCAGGUGAGGAACGUAAAGGCAUCACAACUCAAACAAACACAAUCCAGUAUGAUCUAUCAGCUGACACCUGUGAUGAAACAGUUCAAGAAGAAAUCAGCAGCAGCUUCAAUAAAUCGUUCUUUGAGCUGGACUUUGUACAAACUCAGUGUGCAAACCAUAACUGCAGUCUACCUAACAUCAACGUCACCUGUGAAACAGCUCGGCGCAGACGCGAUGUAGCACAGAACAGCCCCACGAGUGAACGCCGUCAGCUAAAACGAAGUGCACACAGCAGAAAGUCAUCAUUGCAAGAGGAAGCAGAUCUUAACGACAUUGAAUCCGGACGAAAGAAACGAGCAACAAACUUUGUUGUGACCAUUGUGUUUAUCAUAAGAGUGGAGGUGUCUACAGGUGGAAGUGUGUCAUCAAGCGACCAGAGUGACCUUUUUGACAUCCAGGAUGAAAUUUACUAUGGUUUAGAUGACAUUGUCGCUGAUGGCUCUUUUGACAUCACCAUCGUAAUAGCAGGAGUCACAAUAACCUGUGAUGUCCAGACUUCCUCCUAUGUCGCAGAAGAUCCCGAACUGGACACCACUUGUGAGAAUGGUCAAGUUUCCAGACAGCCAAGCCAGUAUGAAGCAUAUUGUGUGAACUGUGCUGUGGGAACUUACAAGUCAGGAGACAGCUGUGAGCAGUGCCCCCAUGGACAGUACCAGCACCAGGAGGCACAGCAGCAGUGUCUGCCAUGUCCUGAGGGGACUAACACCACAAGGAUGGGAGCUAUCAACAUCACAGAAUGCAGAAAGUUGUGCUCUCCUGGCAACUACUCCAGCACGGGAUUGGAAGACUGCACACCAUGUGAAGUUGGUUCAUACCAACCAAAUGAGAGAUCCACAUCAUGUGAGCAGUGUUCUAAUGGCACAUCAACUGAAGCUGUGGGAUCCACCAGUGAAGAUGACUGCAAAGUGGUGUGCCCAGCUGGAAGUUCCUCUCCUACUGGAGUGGUGCCUUGUAGCAUCUGUGCUGAAGACACCUACCAAACAGACACAGGGCAGAGGGAAUGUGUGGCGUGUCCUGAUGGGUAUGAAACUGAUGCAUCUGGAGCAACCAGCCAGUCAGACUGUAAAGCUCACCAACUGUACAUUUUAACCAUCACACUGGUCAUAACGUACAACCUGGACCUUGAAACCUACAAUGAGAAUUUUAAGGAGAUGUUUGAGGCCACUGGCCUUCCUGGUGAGAUGACUGUCACUGAGAUUGACACAGACGUUACUUCUAGAUCUGCCAGGUCCAGCAGUAGUACAUUGACAACAUGUACUGCUGACCACGCUGUUUCGCCCAAUGAGGCUCGACCAAAUCUGGGAACAUUAGAGCAAGCAUUACUUGACCAACUGGGUACAGGCAUGAUGGGAACUGUUCCUGCCUCUCCUGAUAACUUCACUAUUGUUGAGAAAGACCCAUGCAGGCCUGACCCUUGCAUCAAUGGUAUGUGCCAGGAGGACCCAGUCAGGGGUACUGGUUAUGAGUGCGUCUGUACAGUUGGUUUCGCAGGAACAGACUGUGAGACUGACAUUGAUGACUGUGCUCAGAACCCAUGUCUGCACAGCUCCACCUGCCAGGACGGUAUCAACAUGUUCACCUGUCACUGUGCACCUGGAUAUACAGGUCCAAACUGUGAAAUUGACAUUGAUGACUGCUCUCCAAGUCCUUGUGAGAAUGGAGGGUCCUGUACAGAUCUGGUGAAUGAAUACACUUGCUACUGCAUGACUGGUUACACUGGCACCGAUUGCUCUGUGAACACUGAUGACUGCGCCUCCUCUCCAUGUGAACACGGCACCUGUCAUGACCUGGUGGCUGACUACAGCUGCACCUGCGCAGCUGGGUACUCAGGAAAAGACUGUGACAUUGAUAUCGAUGAAUGCCAGUCCCAGCCCUGUCAGAAUGGUGGGGACUGUACAGACCUUGUCAAUGCCUACACCUGCUCAUGUGCACCUGGCUUUGAAGGAGUCAACUGUGAGACUGACAUUGAUGAGUGUGCAAGUAACCCAUGUGACAAUGGAGGCAUCUGUGAGGAUGAACAAAACGGAUACAAAUGUCUGUGUGCUGUGGGCUUCAUUGGAACAAACUGCGAACAAAACCCAUCCCCUAAUUUUGACUUCGUCAUGGAUGGAUCAAGUACAAACUAUGCAGCAGCAGGGAACAUCCCUGACCUGUCAGCCCUCACCAUGUCCUUCUGGAUGAAGACUUCCGACCAGAUGUUUGGGACUCCUGUUUCAUACGUGAUGGACACAUGGGAAACUCCACAUGACAAUCUGCUCACUUUGACUGACUAUGGCAGUUUUGAUCUGUAUGUGAAUGGAGAGGUCGCUUAUACAAUGGUAGCAGCAAACGUAGGAGAGUGGACCCACGUGUGUGUGACCUGGCAGAGCAGUGAUGGCUCCUGGCAGGUGUUUCUCAAUGGCACCCUGGAAAACAGUGGAACAAAUCUGGCAACAGGACAAGUCAUCCAAGGAGGAGGCACUUUUGUUCUUGGACAAGAGAACAACCCUUCUGUAAGCACUCCAGAUGAACGUAUGGCUUUCACUGGUCAGCUGAGUCGUGUGAACGUGUACAGCACAGUGUUGUCUGCAGCUGACAUCAACACCCUGGCACAGGGAUGCUCCAACGACUUGGGUACCCUGAGGGGGUGGACAGACUUCCUCAGCAGAGUAGGCACAACUGCUGUACAGAACUCCCCCUCCCAAUGCCAAGACUUUGAUGAGUGUGAGGAAGAGGACAUCUGCAGCAGCUAUGGCAUCCAUGUGCAGUGUGUCAACACCGUCGGUGAUUACAACUGCACCUGCGCCCCAGGGUAUACAGGUGAAACCUGUCAGCGUCAGAUCAACUUGUGUGACUCUCUACCCUGUCAAAAUGGUGCACCUUGCAAGCCCUUGGUCAAUGACUACAGUUGUUCAUGCAUAGAUGGUUGGGGAGGAAAGGACUGCUCAGAAGUGGCAAACUCCUGUGAGUCAAACCCAUGUAAAAAUGGCGGGACCUGCAGGUCAUACUCAGAUGGUUACAGUUGUACCUGUACAAGCAAUCUGUUUGAUUCAGACAGGAACUGUGAAAGAAUAUGUGCUGACAGCAUAUGUGAAAACGGUGGAACCUGUGACAGCUCAGAUGGAAGUUGCACUUGCUCACAAAGAUUUGAGGGAACAAACUGCCAACUCCACAAAUAUAAUCCAUGUACUGAGAAUCCAUGCUUGAACAAUGGAACUUGUAACAUAAUGGAUACUGAUGGCUAUGACUGUGAUUGUGCCGGCAACAUUGACACAGACAACUGUGAAGAGCCUGAUGUUUGCUCCAGCGAUCCGUGCCAAAAUGACGGCAUUUGUGCUAGAAAUGGGACACAACGAGACACUUACAUUUGUGGCUGUAAGACAGGAACAGAAGGCGAUCGCUGUGAAAGAAUAACCGACUUUUGUGCACCCAAUCCUUGCCAGAACAACGCAAGAUGUGUCAACAAGAUAUUUGAGGGAUUUGAUUGUAUCUGCCCAAAUGGCUUUACAGGAACACAUUGUGACAGUGAAAUUGUUGUGUGUACAGCCAAUCUGGAACAAAACUUGUGUCAGAACGGUGGAACGGCUAGAGAGAAUGGCACCACAUGUGCAUGUGACUGUCCUGAAGAUAAUUUUGUGUGUGCUGAAGAGGGUCUGUAUGGUGGCUUCACUCCAACUUGCGAGUGCUCAAAGUGCUACGGUGGAGAUGACGAUGAAGACUUGUACUGCUCUCCAGGUGCAGGCCAAUGUGUUGUGACUGAAGAGGGUCAACCGGCUUGCCAGUGUGAACGUGGAUACAGUGGGAAACACUGUCAGAUUGCUGACCAUCAAGAGGAAUUCUGCACUUAUGUCACCAUCAAUGACAUGCACUACAAAAACAUACAGGAUUGGAGGGAUACAAUAAAAGAUAACUUGGGCUCAAAUGUAGCUAACAAGACACGGGAUGCUUAUACAGCUACCGGUAAUGGCUACGUAUACGAGUCCUGGAGAAUCAACUCAUCUUACAAUAACAUCAGAGAGGGAUCGGGAGGCAAAGUACUGGUCGAGCUGAUAAUGACCUUCACGAUUCCACCGGAACAUGGAGGAGAAUACGACAUUCCAGAGUUGAAAGAAGUUGGCACCAGCAGAAAUGACCUGCGUGGCUUCAAUGUGUCUGUAGACAUGUACCAUAGAUCAUGUCCAGGGGAAGAUGAUCUACUUGUUGUCUUCAUUGCUGCCGGCUGUGUGGGUGGAUUUGUUGUCAUCUCGCUUGGUGUGUUACUUGCUUGGUGCCUAAAGAAGAAAAAGGCAGGCCCGUACUCAAGACCUACUUCCGGUAGCACUAGCAGCCGCAGGGUAGGACCUUCUCCAGAACCCAUCUACGAGGACAUUGACUCUAGUCUACCUGGCUACCAAAACCAAGCCUACAUUGAAAGGCAGCAAAGCCUACGAAUGGCAGCAUGGUUGUCACAUAUCAACUCAGAUGCUCCACCACAAUACGAAAACGACGACCAAUCAGAAAGACCAUCGACGUCCAUGUCAGGAAGACCAAUCUAUGACAAUGAAAGUCAGGGUGGAUCCUCCGUGGACAUUAAAAGCGGAAUUCAUCCCACGAGCGACGUUUUCACAGUCCUGUCGCCUGGGGCACGCUCCAUGGACCCUGUGAGAACCAAUCGUCUGUAUCCCAUCUUGCGUGACUCUGCGACCCCAAGUGAUGUUCGUAUUCCCAUGAAACAAUUUUUCCCUGACUAAGUACAGAUCCUAAUUCAAACAUAACUACUAGUACUACAGCUUUCAAGUCCUUAAUACUGUGCCUUCCACUGUUCAUAGCAGAUCAAAUUUAAGAAAAGGAGUGUUGUAGUUGAUGUGCAGAAUGUAACUAAUGACUUUAAAUAUUGAAGUGACAGAACAUGUAGAGUUAUUGGUGAAGAAAUAUUAUAUAAUAAGACUGGAGUUCAUUUAUCCAUGACAAGACUUGUGACUGCCACAUUGGAAAUAUAUAUUAUAUUAACUUUUUUUGUACCAAAACAGUUAGGUAUACUGCUUAGAUACAUUUUGCUGCUGCUACGGAUUUGUGUUGCAUUUAACAGUUAUGAUCAAAUUAAUCAAGUGGAACAUUAGUCUAUUGCCAGUAUUAUUCAGUGUGAGACAUCGGUUUUAAUUGACCAUAAUUUUUUAAAACAAUGACAUACUAGUAAUGAUUAUGCGGAUAAAGCCACAUUUAAUAUUUAAUAGGCAAGGUUUGCAGUGAUUAAAAAUGUUGUUUUUGCCAAGUGCACUGCUA